AUGGCAGCUAAAGCCAAUACUAUUUCUUUGUUAUACAUAUUCUUGUACUCGUUUUUAAUUGUUCAAACAUUUUCUUUGAAUUUAUCUUCUAAGUUUGUGAACGAUUUCUUAGGUUCUAAGAAAGGUGACGAAGUAACGGGGCUAGGUCAAAUCAAACAAUUCCUUAUCAAGUACGGUUAUCUCAACCCUUCCAUUAAUGUCGACGAAUCCGAAGUUCUAGACCAUCCCAUGGAAGAAGCCAUCAAGAAAUUUCAGCUCUUCUACAAUCUCGACGUUUCGGGUGAGUUAGACGAGAAGACAUUGUCAUUGAUGUCGAAGCCUCGAUGUGGUUGCCCUGAUUUGGUCAAUGGUACUAUGGUCAAGCAUGGGAUGAAGAUGGUUCUAGACCAAUCAAAGGGUUCUUACUACGUGACCGAUACAAAGUGGUCAAAGCUUAACCUAUCUUGGGCCAUCAAACCAAGAACUCGAGGGGACGCUUAUAAACCUAUUUAUUGGGCAAUUAGGAGAUGGGCGUUAGUCACUAAAUUCAAUUUUACCAAUAUCAAUGACUUUACAAAAUCCGACUUGAAAAUUGGUUUCUAUAAACGAUCGCAUGGGGAUAGUGGCCCUUUUGAUGGUCCCGGAGGGAUUUUAGCUCACGCAGGGAUGCCACCUGAUGGCGGGGUCCAUUUCGAUGCAGACGAGAACUGGGUGAUUGGGGCACAUCCUACGGGAGUUGACAUAGAGAGUGUCGCAGUACAUGAGUUAGGGCAUUCUCUUGGACUUGGACAUAGCACUGUUAAAGAAGCCGUCAUGUGGCCAUAUAUUGGACAUGGCGAAGUCAAACACAACUUGAAUGUUGACGACAUUGCCGGAAUCAAGGCCUUGCUGAGAAUUGCUCUGCUCCAUCGAGUCCUUCCUCUGGCCGAUGUAGCAAGGACAGUAUCGGCGAUUUUCUUGAAACUUCGACCUCGCUUGACGGAGGUCGUUGGAGAAGGCGGAUUCGUCCGAUAG